AUGCAAGGGAAUCGCGACGGUUCGUGGCCCCUACGCGCCUCCACAAACGGUGGAAGCGGCGGUUACCAUCCUCAACCCACUGGUCCCUACUCCAAUUUCAACAUCCAACAACCAAUUAGAUACAAUCUCCAAACCCAGCAGAAUCUCAACUUCCCUCAUCCACAAAUCCCAACCUUCCGUCCUCACCAGUUUCCGCAGAGCGGUGAUAACGCUUGGUCUCGAAUCCAUGGAUCUUCGGAGAAUUCUUCGAUGCGAAUCGAUAACGCCGUCAAGGAGACGCGUAGAUCGCUGGUUGAUGCUGGAGAGAACGUUUCUUCGAGUAGAGUGUCGCAAUCUGUUGUAGCACAGCUAAAGCCUGAUUCUCAGCGAUCCUUGGGGAUGCAGAUGCACGAUGUUCCUUCGCUACGUCAACUUAUGACCCUUGAAGGCAAGAUAUAUGCGUUUAUUCACUGCUUCAUUGGCGCUAGAGGGAUCGUGACUCUGCAUGAUUUGGAAGUUGCUAUAUGCCGAAACGAGUUUGUUGAUUGUUUUGAUGAUUUAAAGUUGGGACCUUUGCUGCGUCAUCCACUUGUAUUGUUGUAUUUUCCGUCUAUUUCCGGUUCUUCUGGUCCAGUUCAGAUCACUAGCGAGGAGAUAAUAUCAUUUCUUGAUAGCUACCUGGACACUUGUGAUAUGGAGGAUGUUAAGGUUGAUGACUUCCUUAAUUUUGUUGCUGAGAAGAAGUCGGUCACAAGCAAGGAAAAGCUUGGUGUUCGUAUUAAGAGCUUGGGGAUGUAUGUAUCUUUCAUUCAAGAUGCAAAGAGACAAGAAGGGGAAACAAUGGAGACCUUGCUGACUGGACUGCAUCAGAAGGAUCACAUCCUCUCAUCUAAGAAACAACGGCAAGAUAAAUCCAUUACCGUCUCUGAGCAUAAUGACUUGGCUGCUGUACAUCAGAAGGAUUUUUCUGGCAAGCUUACAAAAUUUAAUUCAUCGAGCUCAGAUGAUGAUGAUAGUGGCGAUUAUGAGGUUAAAUAUAUUAAUAACUCUGACCAUGUCAGUAGUUGUCCAUAUCCAUCUGUUGCAGAAGAGAUGAAGAAAGUUGGGAGGUCUAAAAAGAAAAGGAAAGCAGACACUAAGAAAAGGAAGGCAGAAACUCGUAGUCAUGAAAAAUCUGAUUCGUCGAAACAGCUUAGAAGUAGCCCCUCUAAAUUACGUAGAGGAGAGAUACCUAAAGUGGCGGAUGAUUCUGAUACUAAGCAGGUUUUCAGUGUCAAUGAAGCUGAUUUCACACUUUCUGAAGGAGCUUUGAGAUUGUUCAUUUCGACUUGGAAGGACACAUGUAAAGAGCUAAGCAUGUCAAUGUUUGUGGGAAAGAUUUUGUCUUUUUACAACUUGGGAGGCUCAGAAGUACAACCUCAGAAGAAGAGAGCUAAAGCGAUGUCAUCGUUUCCAUUUGUUGGAUUACUACAUGUCGCUAGGGAGCUUCUAACAGAGGCUCUUGAGGAACAGAAACCAAUGGAGAUCGCAAAUAGAAACCUGGUUGCUGGAUAUGAUAAUUGCGCAGGCACAAGUUCACGAACUACGAAGCCAAUCCCAUUGCAUACCAUGAGGAGUGGCUCAACGUCAGGGAAUCUUGUUCAUGAAUGGAAUAACUCCAUCUCAACUGACUUCAGCACGAGAGAGCCGUUUCACACUGGCACAGAUUGGGCUACACAGAUUCAACAGACUGGUAAAAAAGGUGAAGAGAUUGCUUUCAGAUACUAUGCUGCAAAAUACGGCAGGGAGGCUGUGGUUAGUUGGGUAAACGAGCAGAGCGAAACCGGGUUACCUUACGACCUAGUAAUCAAAAACAGAGAUGGGAAGAAAGAGUACAUAGAGGUGAAAGCAACUGUAUCAGCAGCUAAAGAUUCUUUCAACUUGACGGUUAAGGAAUGGCAAUUUGCAAAUGAGAAAGGAGAGAGUUACGUGAUUGCUCAUGUUUUAUUAGGCAACAGUAAUGCCAUCCUCACACAGCAUAGGAACCUUGUCAAGCUAUGCCAAGAAGGUCAUCUCAGGUUAAUGAUUAUCAUGCCCAAUCAGCGAAACGGCGCCAAAAUUGAAUUCUAA